CUGGCUUGUGCGCCGUCUCCGCCGCCCCCCCUUCGGCCGCCGCCGCCGCCGCCGCCGCCCCGGGCAUGUCGUCCAACUGCACCAGCACCACGGCGGUGGCGGUGGCGCCGCUCAGCGCCAGCAAGACCAAGACCAAGAAGAAGCAUUUCGUGUGCCAGAAAGUGAAGCUGUUCCGGGCCAGCGAGCCGAUCCUCAGCGUCCUGAUGUGGGGGGUGAACCACACGAUCAAUGAGCUGAGCAAUGUCCCUGUCCCCGUCAUGCUAAUGCCGGAUGACUUCAAAGCCUACAGCAAGAUCAAGGUGGACAAUCAUCUCUUCAACAAGGAGAACCUGCCGAGCCGCUUCAAGUUUAAGGAGUACUGCCCCAUGGUGUUCCGGAAUCUCCGGGAGAGGUUUGGGAUCGAUGACCAGGACUACCAGAACUCGGUGACGCGCAGCGCCCCCAUCAACAGCGACAGCCAGGGCCGCUGCGGCACGCGCUUCCUCACCACCUACGACCGCCGCUUCGUCAUCAAGACUGUGUCCAGUGAGGACGUGGCCGAGAUGCACAACAUCUUAAAGAAAUACCACCAGUUCAUAGUGGAGUGUCACGGCAACACGCUGCUGCCGCAGUUCCUGGGCAUGUACCGCCUGACCGUGGACGGCAUGGAGACCUACAUGGUCGUCACCAGGAACGUGUUCAGCCACCGGCUCACUGUCCACCGCAAGUAUGACCUCAAGGGUUCCACCGUUGCCAGGGAAGCCAGCGACAAGGAGAAGGCCAAGGACUUGCCCACGUUCAAAGACAAUGACUUCCUCAACGAGGGGCAGAAGCUGCACGUGGGGGAGGAGAGCAAGAAGAACUUCCUGGAGAAGCUGAAGCGAGACGUGGAGUUCCUGGCGCAGCUGAAGAUCAUGGACUACAGCCUGCUGGUGGGCAUCCACGACGUGGACCGGGCGGAGCAGGAGGAGAUGGAGGUGGAGGAGCGCGCGGAGGAUGAGGAGUGCGAGAACGACGGUGUGGGCGGCGCGCUGCUCUGCUCCUACGGCACCCCUCCCGACAGCCCCGGCAACCUGCUCAGCGCGCCCCGCUUCUUCGGCCCCGGGGAGUUCGAUCCCUCUGUGGACGUGUACGCCAUGAAAAGCCAUGAAAGUGCCCCCAAGAAGGAGGUCUAUUUCAUGGCCAUCAUUGACAUCCUCACGCCGUAUGACGCUAAGAAGAAAGCUGCACACGCCGCCAAGACGGUGAAGCACGGGGCAGGGGCUGAGAUCUCCACUGUGAACCCUGAGCAGUACUCCAAACGCUUCAACGAGUUCAUGUCCAACAUCCUGACAUAGUUACCCUCUGCCUGCGGCCAGAGCCAGAGAGCCGGAUGUGGGGGCGGGAGCGGGAGCACCGGGGCUAGGUGGGAGGGUGGGGAGCACAGCAGGGGGUCGGGAGGCCUCUCCCAAGGAGACUGCAGCCUGUGACACUCAGAGAGCCCAGCUGGGGCGCAGGGGACGUGCUGCGUGUGCACCUGCUCGCAGGGCACGACCUUGCCCUCUGCUUACUCCCGACCUGCCCCCACCACUUGACCCGAGCUAAAAGGGGCUUCCUUUUUGGUACCUUGUAGCCUUGUAAGAUACCUGGGAGCCAGAGACAAAACUUCCGGUUUAUAGAGGGUUUGUCUCUGGAAUUUUGUGGCUCCGCAUUUGCUAUUUAUAAUGAUGUAAGUCAUCACCCUGCCCCCCCACCCCCCAGCUCGCUUCAGUUACAGAGGCCUUGGACUGAGCCAGCCCAGAGGCCCCUGGGAGGGAGGGACCUGCUGCGGCGGCUCUGGGCUGCGUGGCUGCGUGGAGGGCCCUGCACCAUCUCCUCUGUCUCAGACCCUAGUGACAUGUUGCGUGCCCCCUUCAUCCUGUCCUCCCAGAGGAGCACUCCAGCUGGGCCCCGGGCCUCUCGGAUCAGGAUCAGAGACCUACAGGGAAGGUCAGGGCAGCCGUGGCUCGAGGACAGCUGGUUCCAGAAGUCCGUGGCUGUCACCCAAGCCCGGACUUCCUUGGCGCCUGGAGUUUGGGCUCCUCUCUGUCAAGCCUGCCUCCCGCUGGGUUCCAAGCAACCAGAAAGCACCUGGGAUGCACCAGGACCCUCGGGGAAGGCCCCGGAAGUGAUGAGUGUCAGAUGAGCUUUCUGUGCCCUCCACUCGCGUCCUCCCCUGCUCCCAGGCACCGCCUCCGCUGAGCUUGGGGCAGCUCUGCAGACACCACCCCGAGCCCCAGGACCGCCGGGGAGGCACCGGGCAUUGUCCUGCAGUCAUGGCCAGCAAGGCCCCCUCGGCCUUGGAGCAUGGUGCCCAGGCUUCUGCGUACUGUGACCCAGGAAAGCCACCCUGGAGGCUUUUGUGUGAGUGUGACUUCGCCCCCGGACUGCAUCAGAUCUGCACCCCUCCGGCAGGAGCUCGCCCACCUUCAGCGCCUGCUGCCCAGGCUCCGACUGGGCCGCACGUGUCAUCCUGCUGCCCUCGGCGGUGUGGUCCAGCGGGGAGAGGAAGCUGCAGGGGGGGAUCCUGCGUCUCCUCCCCCACAGCAGGCGCUGGAGAUUUGGGGUGAGAUGGGAUCAAACUUGUAGAUAACCCCGCAGGUGUGAAGGUGGCUCGUGGCACGUUUGGAAGGAGUAGGUAGGUUUCUGGUGGCCCCCUCCACACUGGCCCCGCUCAGCCUGGGGGGCAGGAGCAACAUGGGAGCCCUGCUCGCAGCACUAUGUCCAGAAAGAGCGGAGACGGCAUUCCUGGGCUUGGACUUCCUGGGGCUGCCAGCUUCAGGGGACCCUUCUGGAAGGCAGAAACCACUGCCGCAAGACCACCACGUGGCCUGUGGGACAACUCGGGACCUGGCUCGUGGGGAAAACCGACUUGAGCCAGGAGACAGGUCCGCAGACGAGCGUUCAGACUCCACGUUCCCCCACCUGGUGAUCAAGAACGGGACUGCGGAUCUGCUCCCGUCAGGCCCGGCGUCUCCGCGGCGCCUCCGCCGGGCAGCGGGCCCCUCGCCGUCACGUCUGCCAAGCGCUGACAAGCUUUGUGGCUACAGACGCUAGCGGGCAUCUCACCCGUUUGACCUUGAGGUUCGUCAUCGUCAUUGUUCGGUAUAUUGUUUACAUUUUGAGAGGCAGCAUUCGGUUUCACGUGCUCUUUCUGGUUUUCUGACAGUAUUGUUGAUUGGGUCGCAACAUGUGAGCUGUGGCUUGGUGGGUUUUAGAUUUAUUUUUUAAAGGUCAUUUUCUGUGCUAUCUUCAAAACCUUGGGUCUGGCCCUCUGAUUCCUUUGGCGUUCACCUUGAAAAGCUACUUAUCUUGCUGUGUCCAAGUUUUCUUUUGCUUCUUCUGACAUGAUGCUGUUCUACUAGGCUUGCAGGCUCAGUGAGGGGCAGUGAACCGGUCCCCGCCCCUAGCUCUGUCCCGUCUUCCCACCACCCCCGUUCUGGGCAGAAGGUGUGCCAGGAAGCAGCUCCCCAACCUCACCGCCGGGGCCCUGUGAAAAAGCUGGGUGGCCUUGUGGCAUCCCAGAAUCCUUUUGGGUCCCCAAGAACAAAGGUUUAAGAAUAAGGAUGUGACAAGUGAGGCCUGGGUGGGCAUAAGAGCAGGGUUCUUCUCCCAGCCCCUUGCCCUGCCACUUCUGGGGUAGCAUCCAGUCGCAACUUCCCUCGUCCCCAGCCAUCAGACCACUAGGUAAAGGCCUCUGGCCCUUGUUCCUGUCAGAUAACCACUGGGUCUCCAGGUCCCCGCACCAGCUCCUUCCCUGCCCUCUGCAUGGGGGGCCCCGGGGCGCUGGGGAGCCAGCAGUCCCAGGAGCACGCGUGGAAGCAGUGCUCAUUCUCUCCGUAUCUAGCUCAGGGGUUACAGGUCUGUGGCAGGUGUCGCGAGUCGCCGGGGCUGUGCUCGGUGGCACUGCGCAGGCUCCCACCACAGGCAGCUCUUCCGCCUCCUCUUCCUCCUCUGGCCUGCGCUGUAGGCCUCACACAGGUCUCCUGGGAGUGCUCAGGUGAGACUGGACUCCUCUCUCUGGUCUGUGGCGGCCGCCCCAGGGAGGUAGACCGAAGACCAGGACUUCCCACCCCGCCACUUGUUACCAGUGCAGCUUGGGAGAAAGCCUCUCCAGCAUCUGAGCGGGUCGGUGUCGGGGGCCGAGGAACGGACCUCUUCUGGCCUAAUGUGCGGAGGCCGUCCUCAAAGGGAAGCCACAGACAACCGCCCCCAAACCCACCAGCCACCUGCAGGGGGCAGAGCCUGGCCCCCAGGGGAAGAGCGGAUGCUGCAAGACCCAGGAAGGAGCCUGGGGAGCCCCCUGCCCACACCCAGCACUGCAGUCACCGGAUGCGAUGGGAGCAGGAGCAGCCACAGCCCCACCACACGUGCGACUUCUCCAUUCCCCACGGCAAUUUCCAUUUUUUAAAUAGGAAUUUUCGACCCCCUGUGCUUGUCUAACGUCUGUGCUGACUCUUGUUACUGUUUCCAAAUGCAUGCAUGUGAAGAUGAAUCUCCAACCCGAGGAAAAAUAAAACGGAAACGGCUUUGUGU